GGAAACACCAGGGAGAGCCCUUCUAAGAGUGCCAUUGUAUAGUUGUCAUGGGGUGAAUGGCAAUAGCAACAGUGGGCAAGUGGCUGUUGCUUAGGAAGGACAGACACACAGCAGAGGGCCAAGCUAUGUGUGGCUGCACCCACAGCACCCAGGACCAAGCGCUCCACUCGGAAGUGGGACCCAGUCCUUCUGCAGCCCCAACAUCCACUUUAGCACCUAGGAAAAUGCCUAAAAGCAUUUCAAUAUCCAAACAACUGGCUUCAAUAGAAGCUCUACGGAAGGGCUCAGAUCUGGAAAAAGCCAUGGCCACCUUCGCUCUGACUUUCAGAAACUCUUCUGACCCUGAUGGCAAACUUGGAAAAACUACCGCCAGAAAUCUGCUGCAUAGCCAAUUUGGGGGUUUCACAGAGGGACAAGAAACCAAGCCAAAAUACAGACAGAUCCUUUCUGAACUGGAAGAGCACACGGAAAAUAAGCUUGACUUUGAGGAUUUCAUGAUCUUGCUCCUAAGUGUCACUGUAAUGUCAGAUCUGCUGCAAAAUAUAUGGAGCACAAAAUAGUUUUAAAAAUGCAGUUAAACAAAAUAAAGGCAAAGCCAGUGUGAAGCAGUUAAGCAAGUUUCUAUCUUAGUUUUAAUUAAUUGAAUACUGUCAGCCCCUCAGUAUCCAUAGGUUCUGUGGCCAUGGGUUCAACCAAUCUCAGAUAGAAUAUAUUUGGGGAACAAAAAGAAAGUUCCAAAAAGCAAAACUUGAAUUUGCCACACACCGAGCACUACACUGAAUCCAGGCAA